AUAGCAGGAGGAGGCGCUAUCGCCGCCAUCUUUGCCAGGAGAACAGUGAGCUGGUAGUGGCUGAGCAUCUCGGACUCAUCAGCCUCCAUCCACCCCGUGUAGUCCCCGUCGCCGCCCCGUCUCUUGGACAUGGACGAUCGGGAGGACCUUGUGUACCAGGCUAAGCUAGCUGAGCAGGCUGAGCGCUAUGAUGUGAGAAGAUUCCCAUCUCCUUUUUGUGCUUCUAUGAAUAUCUGUUCAGGAAAAAGGAAGCAGAAACUGGAUAGUUCAAGAGAAAUGGUUGAAUCAAUGAAAAAAGUGGCUGGAAUGGAUGUGGAGUUGACAGUGGAAGAAAGAAACCUUCUAUCUGUGGCAUAUAAAAACGUGAUUGGAGCUAGAAGAGCUUCAUGGAGAAUAAUCAGCAGCAUCGAACAGAAAGAAGAAAACAAAGGUGGAGAAGAUAAACUAAAAAUGAUUCGGGAAUAUCGGCAAAUGGUUGAGACUGAGCUGAAGUUAAUCUGUUGUGACAUUCUGGAUGUACUGGACAAACACCUCAUUCCAGCAGCUAACACGGGCGAGUCCAAGGUUUUCUAUUAUAAAAUGAAAGGGGACUACCACAGGUACCUAGCUGAGUUUGCCACAGGAAAUGACAGGAAGGAGGCUGCAGAGAAUAGCCUGGUGGCUUAUAAAGCAGCUAGUGAUAUUGCAAUGACAGAACUUCCGCCAACACAUCCCAUCCGCUUAGGUCUUGCUCUCAACUUCUCUGUAUUUUACUAUGAAAUUCUUAAUUCCCCUGACCGUGCCUGCAGGUUGGCAAAAGCAGCUUUUGAUGAUGCUAUUGCAGAACUGGAUACACUGAGUGAAGAAAGUUAUAAAGACUCUACGCUUAUCAUGCAGUUGUUACGUGAUAACCUGACACUAUGGACUUCAGAUAUGCAGGGUGAUGAUUCCUAAAGGAAAGUCCAACUGUUCAUUUCCCAAAAACUCUACUUUGUGAAGAACAGAAUAAAGAAGCGCUGCAGGAUGUGGAAGAUGAAAACCAGUGAGACACCAAGGCCAACAAGAGAACCCAUCUCUGACCACACCCACCCUCCCCAACAAAUCCCUCAGUGUCACUCUGAGACCCAUCAAAUCUGACUUUUACAUUGGGUCUCAGAAUUUAGGUUCCUGCCCUAUUGGGUUUAUUAUUAUUAUUUUUUUUUUUUUUUUUUACACAGUUUAAAAGUUCUUAAAGGCAAGAGUGAAUUUCUGUGGAUUUUACUGGUGCCAGCUUUUAGGUUCUUUAAGACACUAACAGGACUGCAUAAAGGUUUUUUCAGCAUUACUGUAUUGUCUUCUGCCAGAUGUGACUAUUAGAAGUGAAUAUUACAUCUGAAAGCCAUUAGAUUUUAGGGGAGAGAUUUGUUAUCGCACUGUAGGGCGCAUGUGGUGGCAUUUUUCCUUUUUUAUAAUUGUUUAAACUGAAUUUUAUACCAGUGUUUAAACUUAAUUGGGUGUUUAGCUUGAAGUUUCAGGUUGCAUUGGAACGUUUAUUGUAGUGAUUUUACUGUUUAAAAAAAAGUUUCCAAACUGCUGAAAUGUUGCUGAAAAAUAUGAUGCUGGUAACAGUUCAACAAUCCGUGGCUGCUCAUUCUUGCCUACUUUUUACUUUUCCUCAAAGCAGGUUAGCAUUGAAGGUGGCAUUGAAAAGCCUGCAUGCGUGUUCAAUAUUUUUUUUUCCCUUCCCCAUCCCUAUUCCCCUUCGCUCGCUCAACCUCUUUCGUUCAAAGUAUGUGUAACUUGAAGCUAAUUUGUACUACUGGAUAUCUGACUGGAGCCACAGAUACAAAAUCUGUAUUGUUCUUACUGAAACACAGCAUGGAAUUAACAUUAAACUUAAAUAAAACAAACCUAAAUUAAAAAAUGCCAAAUAUUA